AUGGAUCCGAGGUCUAAGCAAUUUGAAAAUAUAUACUAUGGUCUUUCUAAUACUCCAGGCAUUCUUAAGCUUGCUCCAAGUGGGCUUGGAUGGAAGACUUCUGAUGCAGAAAACAUCGUAACGAUUUCUGCAGAAGAGUUCAAAAAAAUGCAAUGGAUGCGUGUCGCUCGAAAUUAUCAGCUACGCAUUGCAUUAAAAAAUGGUAAUGCUGCCAGAUUUGAUGGGUUUAAUAAAGAUAUGUUUGAUGCCGUGAAAGAACUUGUUCGAGCUAAUUAUAAAUUACCGCUUGAGACAAAAGAACUCAGUGUUAAAGGUUGGAAUUGGGGUAAAACCGAAUUUCAAGGAUCACAGCUUCUUUUUAACAUUGGUAGUAAAACAGCAUUUGAGAUUCCUUUAAUUCAAGUUGCAAACAGUAAUCUUGCUAAUAGAAAUGAAGUCAAUGUUGAAUUCAUGCAACCAGAUCAGACAGGGGAGCCACAGGGUAAAAGUAAAAAAGCUCCAAUGCAUGAAUUAGUAGAAAUGAGAUUUUAUAUACCUGGAACUACUAUUAUCAAGGAUGAUAACGAAAAAGAAGAAGAGGAAAUGAGUGCUGCUUCUCUAUUCUAUGAAACUGUCAAGGAUAAAGCAGACCUUGGGCAAGCUUCUGGAGAAGGACUUGCGUUAUUCCAAGAUAUUCUUCUUCUUACACCUCGUGGUCGAUACGAUAUUGAAGUGUUUCCAACUUUUUUCCGAUUACGGGGAAAAACAUAUGAUUAUAAAAUACAAAUGAAAAGUGUUGUAAACUUGUUUUUAUUGCCAAAACUAGAUGAAGUCCACGAGUUAUUUGUCAUUGGACUUGAUCCACCAUUGAGACAGGGUCAAACACUUUACCAUUUUCUAGUUUUGCAGUUUAAGCAAGAUGAUGAAAUUGAUUUAGCCUUGAAUAUUGAUGAGGAUGAUUUAAAACGAGAUUAUGGAGAAAGAUUAUUACCCAGAUAUGAAUGUCCUAUUCAUGAAGCCGUAAGUUUAGUUUUUCAAGGACUCACCAAAAAGAAGAUAAACAGACCCUCAACAUACAGAAAUAAACAUGACGAAGUGGCCGUAAAAGCUUCUCUAAAAGCGAAUGAAGGUUACCUUUAUCCACUUGAAAAGUGCUUCCUAUUUGUUCCAAAACCCCCGACAUAUCUCCCCUUUUCGGAAAUUAUGAGCGUUACGUUCUCUAGAGUAUCUGCGAAUCUAACAAAAAAGUCUGAUCUAGGAGGACCCAGAACGUUUGAUAUGAAAUUCAAUAUGAAAAGUGGAGUAGAAUUUGGAUUCUCUAGUCUUAAUCGAGAAGAAUAUGAAGAUUUAGAAGUAUAUUUGAGAUCUAAAAAUAUAAAAACAAUCAAGGAUACAGCGGACGAAAGUGAAUCGGUUGAUCCGGAAGACGAAGAUUCAGAAAUGGAUGAAGAUUUCAUUGCCAGUAGUGAAGAUAGUGAUGUUGCAGAAGAGUACGAUGAAAACUAUUCAGGUAGUGAUUCGUCAUCGGACGGUACUUCAAAGAAAAAAGGAGAAAAGGAUAAGAAAACCUCAAAGCCAAAAGCUAAAUAG